CAUCUAAAAAUAGAUAACAUGUAACAUUCUGUAUACACACUAUUUUCGGAAAUUAUGUUUGUCGUAUAUAUAUAAGAUGUGUUUUAAUGUAACUUCACUGUAUUGUAGGACAGAACAAGAAUCAUUAUGUCUAGCGACGAAGACACUGUUGGACGUGUGGUGUUCGGGGAAUCUAGAGGCGAACCAUUUGAAGGACAACGUGCUGUAGCAUAUACCAUGGUCAACAGGGCAAAUCACUCUGGUUUUCCGAACUCCGUUAGGGACGUAGCAAAUCAGAGGACUGCAUCGGGAAGACACCAGUACGAAACAUUGGAUCUACCUGCGCAUAACAGUGCAUGGGAAGAUCAUAAAAGGAGAAAUACAGAAGAGUACAGAAACGCCAUGUCAGCCUCACGAGAUGCUCUCAGUAGAAGCAGCGCUGAUCCAACUCACGGUGCUACGAGCUUCAACCAAAGUCCCGGGCCUAACAAAUCACAAAUAGGACAUCACUAUUUCUAUCGUAAUUAGAUAAAAGUCUUAUUUACGAUAUUCGUAUAUUCUUACAUGGUAAAAUAACAUUGAGUUUAUUUAUAAUUAAUAUUAUAAGGUGUUGGAUAUAUAUAUAAUUGAAUUGAUGAACAAUGCGUUUUGUGUCAUUGCACGACUUCUUCCAUUCUUAGAAACUCAACUUGAAAUAAAAUAUCUUCAAUCAUA